UUAUUGUAGUUCAAAUUAGUAUAAUUAAAGCAUUCAAAUUAAAUCUCCACAUCAAUUCUUUGUAUUUUGUUAGUAAUUCGACUUGUAUAGCAUGCAAAUGGCUUCAAAAGCUCACUAUCAAGGCAAUCAUGCAUUCCGUGGAACAGAAAAGGGUUAUACAGUUUAUCCGAAAGCUCUUAACAUUGUUUGGGGAAAUGAUAAGCGCUUUUGGAAGUUACCAAUAUACGAAAAUGAUGGUGCUGAACUUAUACAAGUAAAUUGGCUGGAGGUGACUGGUUGUAUUGACAAUAUUAAUAUAGCGAAGAAAACGGCAUACGACAUUGGAUUUACAAUGUCAUUGAUGAAUGAUGCUUUCGGUUGGAACGAUUCGCCAGUUUAUCUUAUGGCUAAAUGGGGAGAUAAUACUCAAUGGAGGAAGGUUAAUUUGACAAGUGAGAUUAAUGGCAAAAAGUUGAUACCAAAAAAUAUUACGAUAACAAAAGGGAAGGGAGACAAUGUUGAUAAGAUUUACUUUGGAUUGUAUGAAGUUUGGAACAAAAAAUGGAAAGGUGGUCUCAAAAUUCAUUCUGUAAACUUGACAGAGAUUUAGAAGUUAUUUUAUCUGAGUGAAAGAACAAUAAUAGCUACAAGAAAGUUGUGAGAAAAAAAUAAAUCGAUUGUUGUCAUUUUGGAAAUCAAGAUUUAGAAGAGGGGAAGAUCAAGUUAUAAAGAGUCUUAGUCUUUUUCAUGUAUUUUAGAGUGUGUUUUCUAAUUAACAUAGAUUUGCAUUUGUAUUUGUAUUGCUUGAAUCAUGAGUGAAAAUAUGAUUUCCAAUAAUAUGAUCCUUUUACACUAGUAGC